AUGUUGGCCCGCGGAGCCUCCUCACUCGUGCAAGCCUCACCCCUCAUAGCGGCCGCGGCCCCCAGCCUGCUGCGCGUCCUCAGAACGCUGCACCAGCAGCCCUUCACCACCAUGUUUGGGAGCCAGGAGGCGGCCACGAGCAGCGGCCCCACCACCUCGGCCCAGGACCUCAAGGAGCACGCAGCCACGCUGCAGGACCGGCUGUGCGACCUGCACGCCCGCUACUCCGAGACCGCCGCGCAGCCGCAGGCGGUCGAGCUGCGCGCGGACUGGCACCACACGUGGCAGCAGCAGGUGCGCCAGGUCAGCGCCACCCAGAGCCAGCUGCGGCGCAAGGGCGUCACGCUGGGCGCGGCAGCCACGCUGAGCCAGGUGGGCCUGCGGCUGGGGCUGGGGCUGGGGCUGGUGAAGGCGGCAACCGACGACCUGGAGACCAGCCUGUCUGCGGUGUGA